GCCGGGUCCGCGUCGGGGGCUGAGGCGGUGGGAGGGGGGAAGAUGGCGGCGCCCGUCCUGCUGCGAGUGUCGGUGCCGCGCUGGGAGCGGGUGGCCCGCUACGUGGUGUGCGCGGCCGGCAUCCUGCUCUCGCUCUACGCCUGCCACCUGGAGCGGGAGAAGGGCCUGGACCUCCACUACCGGGCCCUGUGUGACAUCAGCGAGCGGGUCCGCUGCUCCGCCGCCAUCGCCUCCCGAUGGGGUCGAGGAUUUGGUCUGUUGGGUUCCAUCUUUGGAAAGGACAGUGCAAUAAAUCAGCCAAACAGUGUCUUUGGACUUGUAUUUUAUAUUCUACAAAUGUUACUUGGUAUGACAGCAAGUGCAGUAGCAGCUCUAAUCCUCAUGACAUCCUCCAUAGUGUCAGUAGUAGGGUCAUUGUACCUGGCAUACAUUCUGUACUUUGUGCUGAAGGAAUUUUGCAUUAUAUGCGUCAUCACAUAUUUGCUGAACUUCAUUCUCUUUAUCAUCAACUACAAACGACUAGUUUACUUGAAUGAGGCCUGGAAACGGCAACUCCAACCCAAACAGGAAUAACACAUGUUUGAACUUUUGACUGAUAGUCUGAAGAUCUGACUUCCAUUUAAGUUUAUUUUGCAGUAAUUUUUUAUUUUUCAUAUCAGACACUUUUCCCAAGAAUCAUAACUGAUAUUUUUAAUAACUGUAAAUUGGAAGGGGCCCUAGAUAAUUUCUGUGCUAAUCUUCAAUUUAAAUAUGGCUACAAAAGAGAAAGCUCUAAUACAAUCAAAGACAAGCUUUAACUUUACUUUGAAGAAAUUUCUUAGCCACACAAAAUCUAGACUCCUCGCAACUUGUAAAGUGGGUAACGCUAGAAAAUAUCCUGUGUAUAAAUUCAACUUCAGAUAUGACGAGAUGUGAUCAUGACAUUUAAAUAUCCUAGAAUAGAGGUACCAUAUUUAAUGUUGCCAUGUUUACAGUAUGUGUAUUACAUUUUUAGCAGAUGGACUUAAACAUGUAGAUUUGACUAAAAUAUGAUACUGUAAAUAACUAGAAAUAUUGGAUCCAUUCCUGCAAAACUCUCACUGUACAGUCAAUUUUGGUAGUGUAGCAACUUUAAGAAUGUUCAGCUUAUAGCUGAUUGAUUGAAAUAAUGGAAGGAAUGAGCCCAUAUAGUGUCUUGUGAGGAGCACUAGUAGUAGUGAGUGCAGCAACACAAGUGAUGGUUACCUUUGCUCCAUCUUUUUUCCCUAUUAGUGAAAAUGGAAUUAAAGCUAAAACUUCAGGUACAUCCAGUAAUGAAAUUGGGAUUUAAUAUCCGUACAAAAUGAAGACUGUUUAAUAUGGCCUGCAAAAAGCCACCAUUGGGAAAUUAAUACGCAGGCGGGGGUAUUCUGAAACUAGAGAAAUCUCUUAUAUAAGAUAUUUGAGUAUCACUUCUUGGAAUGGCUUAAUUUUCAUGCAGAUCUGUUUUUCAUUUUAAACUGGUGUCAGACAGCCCAAUACAGUGUUACCAACAACAAUCUGACAUUACAUUGAAGGCUGCAAAAUAGAAUUGUAAUUUACAGUGGGUACCAGAGACUUACUGGGCUAGCUGAGUAAUGCACUGACUAAACAGAAAUUUCACUGAUCUUUUUCAGGAUCUUUGAUUUGUGUUAUAUUUAGAAAUGAACUUUAGAACUGACACGUAUUGGCCUUUCAAGGGGCCUUAUCUGUUUGAAUGGGAUAAGUAGGUACAUGUGCUCUUGAAAAUGAAACACUAGUGCUAUCAUUGCUCUUUCUAAUAACUAUUUUUAAAAAGUAAACAAAAUCGUAAACAGUGUUUCUACACUCAAUAUCCUGAAGUAGAAUGUUGAAAGUGCCUUCUGUCUUAAAUUCUUAAACCAAAUAUUGUGUGUGUUGAACUUGGCAGGCAGAAGUGUCCUUGCUCUUUAACAAAUAAACUUGCAGUAUGUAGAAAAGUAUUCUAUGGUCCAUUUUAGUCCUUAGAAUGAGAAGUGGUAGCAAUAUUAUUGGUUCCUUAAGACAAUUUGUUAAACAGACAUGUAGGGUUGAUAAUCUGAUACUUCAUUUACCCUCAAACAAGUUAAUACUGUAUUCUCUGAAACUCGAUGAAUCCAAAAUACAUUGAUUCAACAGUUUCCAAUAGCUGGUGCCAUGCUUUUUCUGCCCUCAUGUCAGCUAGAUUGAACUAGAUCUUUUAAAUAAUACAUCUUCAGAUUUAGAAGCAAGGUUAGUUGAUUCUACUAAAUGUGAGUCUACUUAAGGGACACUAUUCUUACGUGUUGUACUGUAAAAUGAAUUAAAAACACUAAAGUGUUGAAAAUAAACUUAACUAUGAAAGUAUGAUGUAUAAUAGCGAUGAUAGAUAUUUAGGAUGAAUUCACAACAGUAUUUAAAUUUACUGUUGAGGUAAAUUUCUGGUUCUUACCCUGGAUGUAGGUGGAGAUUGAUUUAUGGAUGGAGUUCUAUGGUAUGAGUAACAUCUGUUACAUGUUACACUAAACAACUUGUCUCUUUUGUCUAACAACUCUAGACAGUGUAUUCAUUAAAUACAUUUUGUAUUGACUGGAGUAGAGCUAAAGCUUGUCUUGAUGUUUAGUUCUCUCUCAAAUGCCUUGAACUUUGACAUGAGCAACUUUAAACUGGGUACCUCAAAGCUUUACCCUCCCCUGGCUCAAGGUUUGGGGAAAUACCACUGUUGAAUCUGUUGUAUGGAUUUAUUUUGAUACAUUCAUGUGAUCUGCUACACUAAGGCAUCUCUUCAAUGAAAGAAAAGGUGAACAUGUGCUGCUUGAAAUGAUUAGUCACAAUGCUAAUAUCUGAGAAUAAGCAGUAGUGGAGACAAGUAUAAUAAGUAUUAUUUGGUCUAAUUAAUGAGCUAAUGCAUAAAAGCCCUCAAACCAAAAACCAUCCCCUGAAAAUAUAGGUGUUGACGAUCUUCACUGUGUCCCUGUGCUUAACUGUGUGGGCAUAGUCUGUAACUUCAAAGUUUGUUCAGCAGAAUCAUCCAGGGCCAGAUUUGCAAAAGGCACCCGCCUGCAGCCCCCGUUUGUGUGUAUAUCAGGCUUUGCCUCCAUAAGAGUUUGCCACGGUGCUGUGUGCGCACACUUGCAAAUCUGACCCUUAAUUUUAAAUCUUUUUCUGGUGUGCUUUUCUAGUGUUUACUUUAUAAUUCAUCCUAACAUGGAAAUAACACUUGCUAGAAAUGACCCCUUCCUCCUCUUGUGUUUCUCUUUUGUGUCAGAGAAAAUGCAAUUUGUGUGAAUAAAGGGCAAAACAAUUAGAUUCUUGGUAGAAACAGCCCAUUCUUGACCUCUCUUCUUUACUGCUGCCAAUGAGAGACAGCAUUUUUCUUCCAGUAAAACAGCUCAGGUCAUAAUUAGUAAUGUGCCAGGUAUCAGGCUAGUACUUACUCCCUUCCCCCCGCCCCUCAACCAGAGUAAAUGUCAUGCCAAAUGUACUGAAAUCUGCUAAUUUGAGCAUUUUCAAAUUAAAGGUAACUUCUGGUAAACUUUCAUGGAAAGAUUGGGGUACAAGAAUAAGGCAAAAUGCUAGCAAAUAAUAUCCAGACUUAAAAAACAAACAAAAAACUGUCUCCAUCCCAACUGUGACUUCAGCACUCAUAAAAUUUUGUGCUUUCUUCAAAACAUAAAAAUUCUUCAAAAUUUGGACUUCUACCCUUUCAGGCUUUGGAGGGUGAUAAGAGGAGAGGGAAAGGAAUCAAAUCCCAAGACUUGCUUAGAAAGCAAACAUUCCUGAAAAGGCUUCUUACUGUAAGAUAUUUGCUACAAGAAGGCCAAUGAAACAUUUCCUACUACUUUAAGUAUCAGAGGUGAGAACAAAUCUCUCCAUUUAGAGGAGAGAAAUGUCUGUAUGCUGUAGUACUUGUCUUCUACUGUACUAAGUCUCUAAUAGGUCUUGAUUGGUCAAAACGGUUGGUUAGGUGCUUCAGGAGGCAAGCGUGGCUCCUAAUUUGUUUGAACUAAACUUAAAUAAACAAUCUGAUAAAACUUGACUUUGGUUCAGCCAACAUUGUUUAAACAUGAUCUAGACAAAACUAGUCCAAAAAAAGUGAAGUAUUCUGUUACCGUAAAACUGUAUUAAGCAUGGCCUAAAUAUUAGGUGUGUGUUCUGUAUAGUAUGUUCCAUCUAAUAUUUAUUACUAGUGCUUUAAACUCCAGAGUAAACAUCCAUUUAAAGUGGAGUCAUUGGGCAGAUGUUCCUUUUAUCAGUAUAGGUUGAGAUACUCUAUAUCAGAGGUUUAGAAUACAAUUUUGCUAACAGGUAAAGAAAACCAAUGUAAAUAUAUAAGAAUGUUUAUUUGUUGCACAACUUUUUUUGGUAUAAAAAAAUAAAUAUAGAAAUGACCUGUGGACGUCUUGCUGCAAUCAUUCUUAUACUGCACUAGUGCAGUUCAAACAAAGAGCUUGAAUGAACCCAAUCAGAGGCCUUUUUGGACUCAGUCUGAGCCUUAGAAACUGUUUUUAAAGCCAGUACUGUAAUCUUGUUUGUAGAAAUGUACUCAGUUGUGAUUUUUUUUCAAAAGAAGAUGUAUGUUAACAGUAGAAAGUUGAAGCAUUGAGUCCCCAGAGAUACUAGUGCAGAAAAUUCCUGUAGCUUCAUGUAUUGCUGAAUGUUGUGUGCACAUGGGUACGUAAAGGUUGAGCACCAUUGACUUGAGGAUUUACUGUUUACAGUUCUUCAAGCAACAUGCAGACAUGUUCCGAAGUAUGUUACUUUAAUCACUUUUGUUAGGCCUAAAGAUCUGCUUUAACUCCACUCUGACAAUGUCUCAGUAUUCUAAACCUGCAAUAUGUGUUCCCGUUUUUUGUUUAAAUUUGAAACGAGCUGUGGAGAACUUAAGCAGGAAAUGACUCUCCUUGAUGUGCGUCCUUACCAUACAAAUGAAUGUUGAACCCUUACCAUCUGUCUUGUUGGAGUGAACAAAGUGUAGCUUUUUCUACUGAAAUUGCAAAUCCUGUGCAUAUUGUAGGGAUCUAAGUCCUAGUUUGUAAUGCAUUAACCAUGUCAAAUCUGUCUCUGUAUCUUGAUGUGGCAGCUGUUGGUAUGUCAUUCUGUCAGUGUUGAAAUGGGGAAAGAAAAUUAAAGUUUAGAAAUUAAGAAGUUUUUAAA